AUGGGUACUCAAGGCAACGCUGUCGGUUUCUCGAAAGAUCUGUUACAAACCACCCGAGCGAAUGCCAAUGAUCCGAGCGAUCUUCAAUACCAACGACGUCAUGCAGCGAUGAAGCUUUUGCAUCACUUUGAGAAGAACGUGCUGUCGAGAAUCAAACGGUGGAUGCAUGAAUUAGAUAACGAGCGAUUAACCAAAGGUCACUACACAAGUUAUUCGGCCAAUACGCAAGCUAGAUUCAACGGUGCUGCUUCUACCCACGACGACUUUGUCCAUUAUCAAGGAUUAGCUACUGCGAUCGCUGUUGGUUACGGUGAAGCUGGACGUCCCCAUAUUGACAGGAACGACGAUCCGGAUGGCUACACAUAUAUCAUUCAGCUCUCUGGUCAAUCCGGGCAUACACGAUUCCCCCAAUUGAAUUUGGACGUAGCACUGGGGGUAGGAGAUGUGAUCAUAGCACCUACCGCUUCGUUGCUCCAUCACAGUUUAUCAAUAGGUACCGUCCAACAGGAUAGAAUCACCGCUGUGUUUUACACCUGUCGACAUGUGUCAAGUUUGGCAGGUACUGUAGACGAAGAUGGGUUCAUAGCUGGCGGUGUGUUUGAUGGUAUACCGGCGGAUAGUUUAUUCGAGUUUGUGAUGGAUGAAUUGUGA